CAGGCACACGCUGUGUAAUUCGAAGUCAAUGCUUCACAUGACAUUAAAAGAAGCUCUUUUUCCUAUUGGAUUUUGCCGGGAGUUUUAAAGCAACUAACUUUGUGUGUUGAAGAUUUGAUUUACAGACUCUGAUUUGAAAUUGUUGAGUUGUGCAAAAAUGACUGUUAUUGACGAGAACUUCCCGGCGGGGAUGCGUGUUCUUGCUGUUGAUGAUGACCCAACUUGCUUGAAGCUAUUGGAUACUUUACUCAAAAAAUGCGGCUAUAAUGUGACUACAGCGAGCCAGGCGAGGGUUGCGUGGGAGAUGAUCAGUGAAAACAACGACAGAUUCGACUUGGUGAUUAGUGAUGUGUACAUGCCCGACAUGGAUGGCUUUAAGCUUUUGGAACUUGUUGGUCUUAAAUUGGAUAUACCGGUUAUCAUGUUGUCGGCAGAUGGUGAUCCCGAGCUCGUACUUAAAGGGGUUAACAAUGGCGCUUGUGACUAUUUGGUGAAACCUAUUCGGAUUGAAGAGCUGAGUAACAUUUGGCAGCAUGUAGUACGGAGAAUGAAGUGCAACCCUAAGAACCUGAAUGAUCAAACCAGAGCUCAUCAGGCAAUUGGAGAAGGUCAUGGUUCAUCAUCGGCAGGAAAUACUGACCAAAAUGAAAAAUGUAAUAGAAUGAAAAAGGAUGAUGAAGAUGUGUACGAUGGUGAUGGUAAUGAUGAUGAAGACGAAGACAAUGUGCCACGCAAGAAACGCCGUGUUACCUGGACUAAAGAGCUUCACAUGAAGUUUCUCCAAACAAUUAGUGUGUUGGGAAUUGAAAGGGCCGUUCCCAAAAAAAUACUGAACUUGAUGAACGUCGAAGGCAUUACCCGCGAAAAUGUGGCGAGCCAUCUCCAGAAGUAUAGGCAUUACCUGAAAAAAAUUAAUAAUCCUGCAACCGAACAAGUCGUCAUGAAUAUGGGUUCAUUGGAUGGUUUUGGAGAUUUUCAAAGUUUUAGUGGAGCAAGACCAACUAAUGUUGCAUUAUCACAUUGCGCGGGUGGCAUGCUCGGUCGAGUAAACAGUCCUGGUAAUGUGAAUAUUCAUAACUUUACUCCUUCCACUCUAGUCCAGCCAAGUCAAGCUCAAAACGUGAGCAACUCCAUCGAUUCAGUUGUUGCAACACAGCAAGGGCAAUGGAGUUCAGCUGUAACGGCUGUAAGCAGCUUGGUGAGUGGUCCCAUGAAUAAUCCGCAGAUGCUGCAUGGAAACGCACAGCAACCUCUGAGUAGUGGAGGGUUUAUUCAUCAGUCGGCUUCCUUCAAUAGUGGUGUUUCUUAUCCCACUGGUGUGAAUUGGCAGAAAAGAGUCGAGGCAUCUGAAAUGCAGCACCCAAAUCCUCUGCUUUCUGCUGAGCCUUUUCACAGUCAGUUGCCUCUUAAUGUUUUCAGUGAUAAUAACUCUUCAGGGACUUAUGUACAGAACAACCCUAUUGCUCUUUCUUCUGGCUUGGGCUUACCGCCCUUUGAAGUUUCGAGAGAAAUGCAGUGUCAGGUAGGGUCGAUGGGCGAUGUGCAGAAUGUGGCCCAAUGUUGGGCAGAACAAGGGCAGGGUAGCGGGGUCUUGAACCAGAAGAUGGAUAUGUAUACUGGUGGCGGAUCAAGUGUUGGUGCUUCAGCUCUUGUGCAGCAGAAUGGAAAUCUGGCAACAGAAUCCACAUCAAGUUCUAACGAGGACUUGCUCUUCUCCGAGCAGCCAAAGUUACUGCCAGGAUAUACUCCUCAAGGCUAUGAUCCGCUGGACGAACUGGUGAAUGUUAUGCUCAAGCCGCAACAAGAUGAAGCUGUGCCAGAUGAUGAGCUUGCGUUUGCUAAUCACUCGUUUGGGGCAGGCACACAGUAGGAGCUCUCUUCAAGGCUUUAUCUAUAUUCAAAAUUAUCAUUUUUCUGAUCGAUCUCCCUUUUAGCGAAGCUUUACUGUUAGAUUUUUUUUUCUUGCAACUCGCAAGUUACAAUGAGCUUGGAGAAACUUGGAUUUUGUUUAGUUUAGAAUUUUUGAUUAAAAGUUUCAAAAUUUUGUUGUUAGA